CGCCCGCAUCUGCACCGGUCCGCUGCCCGUGCUCCGGCUGCUGGCUCCUCGGUGUCUGUCGCUCCUGGUCGUCUACUGCUGCCGCUGCUGCUUUCUGUUUCUCCCUGUUGUCGGUCUGCUUCGCCUGGAUUCUGCUGCAACUUUUGUACACCAUGGCAAAGAAGAACGCUGCCGCGACCCCCAAGGACCCUCCUGCGCCCUCCAAGACUGCCCCGGCCGAGCCUGUCGACGGCGACGAGACCAUGAACGCUGCCCUGCCAAAGUCCAUCGCAGUGCCUCCCCAGAAUCGCCAGGCGCCCAAUCCUUUCGACAGCAUUACUGAGGGCCAGGUCAAGCUGUUCACGACCAUCCUCGCCGUCCUCAUCGCGGUUGCCCUCUAUGUCAACCGCAAGUACUGGAUCUACCAGUACCAGACCGUCAAGUUCUACUACCAGCACUACUCUGCCGCCCUGAACUUGACCGAUGUGCCCACGUACCUCUCGCUCUAUCCGCAAUACUCGAUCCGCAACUUUAAGCAGUAUGCCCGCGUCAACAUGGAAACCAUCUGGUACUCCUACACCGGUGUUUCGAGCGACGCCUUUCUCGACCUCAACGACUACACCGACGCCCAGAACGAUGAGCGACGCCGUGAAAUCAUCGGGGCCUUCAAGCAUGCCUGGAAAGGAUAUGAGACCUAUGCAUUUGGCCAUGACGAGCUUUGUCCUGUCACCAAAACACACAAGGACUCGCUUGGAGGCUUUGGCGUGACCAUCGUGGAUUCGCUCGACACGAUGCUUUUGAUGUCGAACGAGGACACCGAAGUGGCCCGGUACUACGAGCGAGCACUUGAGUUUAUCGAGCAGAAGCUUGACUACAACCGCGAUUACUCGGCCUCGCUGUUCGAGUUUACCACCCGCCACCUUGGUGGUUUGCUCAGCGCCUACCACCUCUCCGGCACUCAUCCCAAGAAUGGCGGCAAGAAAGAUGAAGCGCUGUUGCAGAAGGCCACCGACCUUGGCACCAGGCUCUUGAAGGCGUUCAACACCCCGACUCUGAUCCCUGUGCACAGCGUUCAUCUCCAAAAGGGCCUGCCCUAUCAAUCGAACCCCCAUUCGUUGUACGGAGACUUGUCCAUUUUGUCUGAGUUGGGAUCGGUUCAGCUAGAGUUCUUGCAGCUCACGCUUGAUACCGGAAACCACGACUUUGCAAAGACCUCGCAGAACGUCAUCAACAGGCUCUACGUCGUCGCCUCCAAUCGCUACAAGGGGCUCGUUCCUGUGUUCAUCAACAACCAAGACGGCGCGUUUUCCAAAGAGCGUGUCGAGUUCACUUUUGGUCCCAUGGCCGACUCCUUCUAUGAAACGCUGCUGAAGCAGUACCUAAUCACCGGAUACGCCCCUGCCCAAAAGAUCUCUGUGCCGCCGCCUACCAACCUCGAGCCUUGGGCGAACCGGCUCCUGCAAAUGUACGCCAACAGCACCAGCGGGCUCAAGUCGCUUCUCAAGACCUCGUUUCCCGCAGCUCAAACAUUCAUCACAUCGGUCGAAGGAAAAAACGUCGUCGACCUAUUCCACCAUCUCCAUUGCUAUGUCCCGGGCAUGUUGGCUCUGGGUGCUUUCACAUCGGUUGUUCCGCAGCAGCGCUCUGCAACAGAGGAAGGUGAUGAGGACUUUUCGUUCCGUGACUACAUGGACAGUUUGGACGAAGAUGUCGAUAUGGCUGCCAGCGCCCAGGCGCGGGCCGAAACCCAGCUGCACAUGGCAAGCCGCCUGAUGGACACCUGCUGGAAUAUGUACGAGAACUCCCCCCUUGGUCUGGGCCCGGAGCAGAUCUUGUUCAACUCGCACAAGCUUCCGUACCUUGCCCGAAAGGAGGGCGUCAAGUCCUUCCCCUACGGAUGGGCGGAUUAUCAAGCCAUCGACGACUCGUAUAAGCUGCGCCCUGAAGUUGCCGAGAGUCUUUAUAUCAUGCACCGCCUUACCGGAAACCCUGUAUAUCGCGAGCGCGCCUGGGCGCUCUUCCAGUCGCUUCAGAAGCACUGCAAAACGCCUCAUGGCUACAGCGGCAUCCGUUCAACGAGCGAUUCCGAGGACCUUCGCAAGGAACUGGAUCCGGAUGAACUUGCGGCAUUCGAGGUCGCCGGCACCAAGCAGUACCUUGACGACCACAUGCCUUCGUGGCUUCUAUCCCAGACACUCAAGUACCUGUACCUCAUUUUCCGCGACGGCGGAAUCCAAGGCCCUCACGAGCGAUGGGGCGGCCUCACCGAUACUGUGUUCACGACAGGCGGCCACUUGCUCAAGGUCAUUGGCCGCUCGUGAAGGAUGGGCGGGUGUCGCUGUGGCUGCGCGAUCGAGGUCUAUCCAUGAUACAGCACGUUGGAAAAUAAUGAACAUUAUAUCUCAUUCA